GACACACACAACCACUUUCAUAGGCUCAAGCCUUCAUCAGAGGAAAAUAAGGGGAACAGGAUAGAGUAUUGUUAUGCCUUGUAGGCUAAGUGGCUACAAAAGGCAAGCAAACAAGAAGAACCCGACAAACACGUUCUUUGGAGCAUCUUAUUUUUGUUAUCCGCAUACGUCUGACAAGUGGACCGUUGGUAACAUGUUCAGACAAGCAACAAUGAGGGUAAAAUGUAUAACUUAAUAUCACUUUUUGGUAUUUCACCCAUCCCUGGUGAAGAAGGUGGGGGAUGCAGGCGUUCCAGAUGUGCGCGUCACCUACGCCCACGCGCAAGGACGUGUGCAUGCAACGUCAUUGAAGGGAAAGCGGAGCAGAAGAGCGAAACAUGGCGACAUCAAACAAUCCGCGGAAAUUUAGCGAGAAAAUCGCUUUACAUAAUCAGAAGCAGGCAGAGGAGACCGCAGCAUUCGAGGAAGUGAUGAAAGAUUUGAGUAUUACCCGAGCAGCGAGGUUACAGUUACAGAAGACCCAGUAUUUACAGCUGGGACAAAACCGUGGGCAGUACUAUGGCGGAUCAUUGCCAAAUGUCAAUCAGAUUGGAAAUGGCACCAUUGACAUGCCUUUUCAGACUCCCUUUCAAGGUUCAGGUGACACUAGCAGGACAACACGGCAUCAUGGAUUGGUUGACAGAGUUUACCGGGACAGAAACCGCAUCACGUCCCCACAUGGAAGGCCCCUCGACAAACAUGGACGCCAAAUUGAUAGCUGUCCAUAUGGUUCAGUGUAUCUGUCACCCCCAUCUGACACCAGUUGGAGGAGGACUAACUCGGACUCUGCGUUGCAUCAAAGCACUUUGAACCCACAGGACAUUUUCGCGGGAGGCUCACAGGACAUGCAGCCGAAACGAGUGCUUAUGCUUCAUGUACCAAGGCCAGAAGACACAGAAUCAGAUAUGGACAAAGACGAACAGAAACAGAACUGGGAUGGUAAAAAGAAUGCUUCAUCAAGGUCCAAGGUCCCAGGAAUCAAUAUAUUCCCAUCUCCGGAUCAGGAUCUGACUGCGACACUGAUGCCAUCAGCCCACGACACGGGCGGUGGCUCCCUGCCUGAUCUGACCAACAUCCAGUUCCCCCCUCCGCUGCCCACCCCCCUGGACCCCGAAGACUCCACCCUCAGCACCUCCAACAGCAAGGGAAACCUGGCCCCCAGCCACUCACACAGUUUCAGUUCCACCAGCCAAGGACAGACCACCUCCCAGCAAGGCAGGCAGGACAACAUGGUCAACCAGGACUCCCACCAGCACCACUCCCUACAGCUCUCCCCCACCCUGUCGCCACCGCUCACCCUCGCCCAGGUAGCACAGACCAUAGAUGCCAUGACUCUGGAAGCGCAGUUGUCCCAGUACUCGUUCUUCAGCCAGUCCUCCUCUCAGCAGCAGCAACAGACCACUCAAGGACUGACCAGGCUGGUUCAGCUCCCCUCCCCUCUGAACACCUCCUCCAUCCAGACACAGAACUCCAUGGAUAUGAACUCGGGCUCUUUCCCCCAACAGUACCGCAGUAGGGCUGGGUCUUCAGCCAAUCAGUCUCCAACCUCUCCAGUCUCCAAUCAAGGCUUCUCACCUGGAGGCUCGCCUCAACACAACUCCAUAUUGGGCAGUGUAUUUGCAGACUUCUAUGACCAGCAACUCGCAUCCAGACAGACCAGUGCUCUCUCCCAACAGCUGGAGCAGUUCAACAUGAUCGACAGCAAUAGUCUGUACGGCCAGGGCUCAACCCUCAGCUACUCCCAAGCAGCGAUGAUGGGUUUGACGGGAAGCCACGGCAACCUGCAAGACUCCCAGCAGCUGGGCUACAGUAGCCAUGGCAACAUCCCCAACAUCAUUCUCACAGCCACAGGAGAGUCUCCACCCAGAUUGUCCAAGGGGUUGUCUUCUAGCUCUCUGUCAGCUGACAUCAGCUUCGAUGCGGACUCUCAGUUUCCCCUAGACGAGCUGAAGAUCGACCCGCUGACCCUGGACGGGCUGCACAUGCUCAAUGACCCUGACAUGGUCCUCACUGACCCUGCCACUGAAGACGCCUUUCGGAUUGACCGGCUGUAGAGCUGCUGCCAAAGUCACCGACUGCGUUGGUGAAACCCGGCCUGAGGUGUUGAGGGCUUGUGUCUGAGGGGAGAGGGCUACUUUUGGGGUGUGGGAGCCCAAGGCGAGGCCCCAGCUGUGAAGUGUGUUCAUCCCACCUCCCUUCACCAGCAGCCCCUUUCUAAGAGCUAUGGGAUAGUGUGGUAGUAGGGAAAUUAGUUUGUCAAGAAAUGGUCGACACAGUUUGCUUUCUCUCUUCAGAAUGGGAAAGAUUGAUGGCAACAUUGUCAUGUCUGGUGGAUAUUGAGCUUAUGGUCCUGCUGUGACUAGUUUGUGCUUACCAUUCUUCAUCCCUUAACUUUUUCUUUUUUUUACCCAUGCAUCCUGCUGGCCUUUCUGUUGGAUGCUUUGGUUUUUGUAAAGAACGAAAACAGUAGGGGCUACAACACUACAUUGGUCUUGCCUCCCAUUUGAAGACAUUAACUGAUUCAAAUCAUGUCUGCAGGGGGAACUGUUUAUCUUUCUCUCACCUGCCAUACUAGAUUAGCAUGUCUUAGCUCAUAUAAUCACUCAUCUGCUUUUCAGAACCGCCCUAUCAUGGUAAAUCUUGCCAGUCACAUUUCCGUCAGUGCCCUUAACCUCGCUGUCUAACUCACACUAGUUGUAUUUAUUGGUGCUCUGAUUUUUGCCCCGAAGUUGACCAGUAUUUUACUUUAGGUUCCCUUCCGAAAUUGUCAUUUUAAUUUCAAUCCAUCAAUUUUGUACAACAUGUUUUAGUGCUGGUCAACAUCUAAGCGGUUUACUUAGUUGAACAACUAGGAGUUAUAACCCUCCCCUUUAGCUUAUGAUUUUCCAGAACAGCUGAAGUAAAACCUAAAUUCUAGUUUAACAAACCUUGAAAAAUCGCUCAGAAUCCUAUUUGUAGAUACAUUUUUAAAAAGGAUGGCAGCCUAGCGUCACUUUGGCAAUUUAUCCAUGAAAUGACAUUUCAGCUGUAAUAUGCCACCAAUGGUAGCUGGUUUUCAGAUGCAAACAAGAUAAAAAAUGAUAUCUGAACGAAUCACUGUGAGUGAUAAGAUUCUGCCCGAUAAGAGCACAUGAGACUAUUAUCUCAACUCUCCUUUAAAAAAAUGCAGGUUGUUGUGCAACUUGUUUAGACUCUUAAGUAGUGAAGUGUAAACUUAUCAAGCAUCACUGUUUCUUUUCCGAUGGCCUGAAUCACAUUGGCACUAGUGUGAGAAGAGGACCAAGUUGAGCACAACUAGGGGAGGUUUAUCACAACUUACGUUGUUAUCCACUGCUUUUCACUUGUUACCAUUUUGCUUUUCAUAUUUGAGGUGGUACUGUAUUUCACUUGUCAGCCAAAUAGAAAUGGACAGAAAGAGCCGAGGUAUCACAUUUCUGAUGCCCUUGUAGUUGCUACUUGUGCAUUAGAUAUUUUAUUUCAAAUAAUUGCUUGAUCACUCAGUAUGGGUACAUCUCCGUUGGGUGUAGUCAACAAGGAACUCCUAUCACACAACGUCUGUCAUAGACUGCAGCGACCGCCAAUAAGGGGGAACCCCUCUCCUUUAUAAGGCGCUGUCGCUCCCUCCCGCCUCACUUUUCAUUCUUCCUUACGAUGUCGUAAUACUGCUAAUAUACUCUCCUCAGCAUUGACUUGGACUACUGUUUCCUGCUGAACUGUUGAUAGGUGAACCCGUGUGGUUCGCUGUUGAGUGUAAGAAUCUAGCUUUUUGUCGAGAGUGUUUAGGUUUUUACCCGAAAGUAAAAUUUCCUCUGUCUCUGGCUAGCUAGCGUCAAACAGCUAGUUCUACCCUACCAGCGCACCUAGCUACCACUUCCUGUUGCUUAUUCCCAAUGAUGUGGAGGAAGGAAGAAAUUUGGCUUGGUCCUGCUUCAGGUGAAUUUAACCCAGCUAGCUCACAAAGAAUGCACCUUCUCUUCAGCUAGCAGUGUGCUAGCACCAGCUAGGAUACUAACCCUUGGGGUGAAAACCAGCUUCCUAUGCCAGGACUAGCUAGCUACACAGCUAAGCAUCGGCGAGCACACGACUAGAGCUCUCUCUUGGCGUAGGUAGCAUCCCUUCCUCGUGCCUAACUUUCCAGCGGCCUUGCUGACCAGGUUGACCGGUCUUGCCUAUAGGUACUGCGGUCUUGGGAGAUUCUCUAGCCUAUAGAGCAAUGCUCAGCGUGCCACCCUAGGCUUGUAGCUCACUCCAACAGUGAGCUACACUCCAACACUGGCUCUCUUUCCAGUGUGCUUGCAAUAGCUAGGCAACUAACCCACGAGGUCAACUCCAGCUAGCUACCGACUGGACUUCUAGCUACACAGCUAAGCAUCAGCAGCACACACACAGCCCAGGGUUUUCCUGUCGAACGCUAGCUAGCUAAAGCCAGGACUAGCUCCAUAGCUAACGUCGGCCAGUACACGCUCAGAGCUAGCUCCACUGGGUAGCAUUAUUUCCCCUCGCUGGAUACGCUGACCGGUCUUGCCUCUCGGUACUGCAGUCGUGGGAUAUUUUCAGCCUGUAGAGAGUCAACCUCUCAAGCUAACAGAGUGCUAACUACAGCUAGGCAUUUAGCCCACCGGGCUACUACUAGCUAGCUGAACUGUAAGUACUCCAUGGUGAGGCAGGCUUUGAGUAACAUGUAUAACCCGGCUGACAAAACAAUUUCUUCCGGAGUUAUGGCUACUGUAUUUCCUUGUGCUGGGCGAACUAAGCCAUGCACUCAAAUUCCUGGAAUUACUAGCUAGUUAUUGCUAAAACUGACCGUUUACACCGCACUAUGGUCAAAAGAGGCUUUCCAGACCGAAGAGUAACACAGCUCUUCUCGGCUAGCAUGGUGCUAGCUAUAGCCAGAAGAGUAAGCAACUGGGUGAACACUGGCUAGCCAAUACCAAUUAUGAGAACCUCAUGGCUUAACGUCGUCUAGCAAACGAUUAACCCGGGUAACAUGCCCAGACAGCUCUCGACCACCCUGAUUACUGCAAGUAUUGUAUGGCAUGAACGGAGAACCGGUCAAUGCUAGCUUAAGCUAUCCUACCAGCCAUCCCGACAAACACCAACUAGCUAGCUAACUACCGCCUGGAUAUUACUAGCCUAACCCUCAUACAUACUUAGUCUAGCACCCAGUUUCUUUGUACUUACUGUUUGAACUGGUCCCAAUUCUAUGAUCCGGUCCACAAGAUAGCAAAGACAGGCUAGCUGUCUUUGUGCCCUCCAAGCUAAGCUCUCCCCUUGGUUCAGGUUCAAGCUGAGGCUGGGCGGGUAGAAUUCAGUCACCAACAAGCACUGUCCCCACACGAUGCUUACAGCACCUCCAGAAAUAUAUUGCUCUUUGUCCCACUUGCCAAAGUGCCACAGAGCCUGUUUUUUUUUCUAUAAAUCAAAAUCAAAUCGAAGUUGGUCGCGCACACACUCUUUUGCAAUGUUAUCACAGGUGCAGCGAAAUGCUUAUGUUUCUAGCUACAACAAUGCAGAAAUAUCUAGCAAUACAAUAACAAUGCACACAUAAUCCGAAAGUUAAAAGAAAUUAAGACAACAGAAUGAGCAUUAUCAGAACGAGCAAUGUCAAAGUUCAGAAUAUAAAUAAUCAUUCACAGGAAGAUGGGAAUGGACAUGGGGAUGAACGUAGGAAAGGUAGUGGAAUGGUAGUGGUUGAGAGACAGAGGUAAUGAAUACACUGUACACAAUACUAUAACUGAUAGCACAAGUAGAGCAACAAGACUAUUAAAGGGAAGGAUGAAAAUGUAUAUGCUCCCUGCACAUAUGACAAUACAACAAUAGUAACAACUAACUAUUAAGAACAAUAUAUAAAUGUCACACAACUCACUUUGGGCACGCACAAAAUCCCACAAGUCCAGAGAUAUGAGUGAGUCCAGUUGUUGAUGGGCAGAGACAGACUGUUUCUCUCUGCCACUUGAGGGAGACUGCAAGUAUUGUGUGACCUGCAGAGUCAAGAGGAUAGGCAUAUAUCCAGCCCUCUAGGAACCUCCCUAGCAACCUAUCAGGGCAAAGGUCACACAGGUUAGAGAGGCAGGUUUAUGGUACCCCUAGACUCUCAGGCUCCGGUCGUGGGGGAAGGGGAGUGGAGUGUGCAGCUUAGGGUUGUGUGGUGCUGAUAAGUCACCAGCAGGUAAUUUGUAACAAAUACAGUAGAUACAUAUACAGUGGUAAAAUAGUGUUCAAUAACUCUAUGUACAUAGAGCAGCAAUUUCUAAGGUGCCGGGUAGAGUAGCGGGUGGUAGCCGGCUAGUGAUGACUGUUUUAACAGUCAAGAUGGCCUGUCCCAGCUUUGACGCUGGGACAGUGGCUGAGGUCCUUGAUGAUGGUGGCUGAGGUCCUUGAUGAUCUUGGCCUUCCUGUGACAGUGUGCUGUAGAUGUCCUGGAGGGCAGGCAGUGUGCCCCUGGUGAAGCAUUGGGAUGACCGUACCACCCUCUGGAGAGUCCUUCGACUGCGGGUGGUAUAGUUGUACCAUGGAGUGAUACAGCCCGACAGAAUACGCUCAAUGGUUCAUCUGUAGAAGUUUGUGAGGGUAUCAGGGGCCAAGCCAAAUUUAUUCCGCCUCCUGAGGUUGGAGAGGCUCUGUUGCGUCUUCUUCACCAUGCUGUCGGUGUUAAGGGACCAUUUUAGUUCCUCAGUGUUGUGCACACAGAGGAACUUGAAGCUUUUGACCCUAUUCCACUGCGACCCCGUUGAUGUGGAUGGGGGCGUGCUGUCUCAGCUGUCUAGUGAUGAGCAUAGAGGGCACUAUGCUGUGGAAGGCUGAGCUGUAGUCAGUGACCAGCAUUCUUACCUGCGUAUUCCUCUUGUUCAGGUGGGAUUGGGCGGUGUGCAAUGGUGAUUGUGUCGUUCGUGGAUCUGUUGGGGUGGUAUGCAAAUUGUGGUGGGUCUAAGGUGAUUAUGAUCCUUAGAGUGACGCUCUUUAACGCUGCCAGUGGGGACGGCCUAGAGGCCAUCAACAGAGAAAAACGGCACAGCUCACACCCUGCCCCCAUUUGGCAGAAGAUGAUUUCCUGCAUAACGAAGGAGGGGUGCCUCUGCUUUUCUAGAGCCCUAUCCUCUAUGCAGCAACGCAUCGUUUCGUACCCACGAGGAGGGAGGGGUCCCACUCAUUACUCAACAUGUAGGAAAGAGGGCCCCCGAACUCCUGUAACCCCCGCCAACUCGGCCCAUGUGGCAGCCCGCUGGGUUCUGCAUCAAAAAGCCACGUGGGGAUGUUUAGAAGGGGACAACGGAUAAGCCAUAAGGAACUCGGGUCCCUGGCUACGCAGCCGACUGUCCAUACACAGGCGAAGCCCCAGAACCAGAGAAAGCCUGGAGGUUAAACAAUCCUUCGAUGCAGUCACAGCAAAAUUCUGCCCUCCUAAAGCCCACUGGUGGCCAGGAUGGCCAGUGACUCUAUUUUGUUCGCACCCAUGUAGACACAUUAGAAGCUCCCUGCCCUACCCUCUCUCCAGUUCAGUGUAGACUUAUCUCCCCACCCUGUGAGAAAUGCUACUACGUUUGUUUUCACCAUCUACUACACAGGGACUUAUCUUUGGCCUCGUUAACAGUGAGAUCCGCACCUCGCCCCCCGAGUGCCGCCCCAUUCAUAGCUCUCCCCCCUGGCUAUGUUGUUCCAGCCAGGGCCAGGAGACGAUGUGUUUGCUCUCCCUCCAUACUGCUUAGGUCAGAAAGGAGCAGGACGGCAGUAUACCAGUUGUCAUCAAGCGCCAUCCCCGUGCACUAUACCUCUUUUAUAACCUUUUUCUGUUACAUCCAGGCCCCUCGCCAACAGCACAGAGCUAAUUUAUUAUAAUGAAAGAGUUGACACCUCGUUUGCGCUGCUAGAGGGCAUCCUUGCCUCAGGCGAACGAAGGUCUCGGCACCUAUAGCAUGCACCCCUACUGGCUGGGAAAGAUUGUUGCACAUGCACAGUCUCCCCCGGGUGAUGUACAGGGUUGCUUAGGAACGGCAGGCAUCAGCCCCGAUGUCUUCACUUUUCGGUGGCUUUCGGGAAUUCGUCUCUAUUGCCACAUCCUUUUAUUAGAGCCAGGGAACUUGAAAAAGGAGGAGGGGACUAGGCCCCCGACAGCUAUCCUUUAAGCCUGCAGUGCUAUUCUGCCUCUUCCUUGUAUUUUGCAUUUGGACUACUACCUGCUUUGUUCUCCUUCAUAGGAAAACAAGCAAUAAGGAGGGUGCAGCAGAGGGGCUGCUCAGAUUAGGGAUCUGACAAAUUGGAGGGGAAAAAAUCCUAGUUUAAAUGCCCAUUUUUUUUGUGAUUGUCUGUUAAAAAACAAUAAGAAAAAUGCAUACAUUCCAUGUAUUCACAAUGCAGCUGCGCAAUGGUUUGGGUCUCAAGGUGCGUCCCUUUCAGAUGGUUAAGCAUUGCACCUCUACUAACAUUGCUGUACCUCGAUACAUUGCUGUACCUCAAUUCCGCCUCCCAAAGUUUGCAUUUCCUUCUCAUUUAUCUUCUCAAGGUAUUGCCAUACAGGACUUGGUUGCUGUCGCUUGUCUUUCUCUGACAUUUUUCCAACUGUUGAUGGCGACGAUGAUGUAGUGGUGGAGAGUCGACUCUAGAAUGGUUGAUUCUAUGACUCCUUGAGUGUCGACUCCCAUUUCUGGGUAUCGAGAUUCGAUUCAGUAAUUUCUGGAACGGAGGAGACUGAUUAGUUGCUGUUCUUCCGAGAACACAAACACUUGCAUCUUUCAUAGAAGUCUAGCGAGCGAUGGAGAGAGAAGGGACGAGUUAUAUUAGGCAGGUACAAAUCCCUUGGGCUGGUCACUAAAGUUCUCCAUCCACUUAGUUAACUGUCCUUCAACGUCAUUUCUAUCCUAUCCUACUAUAGAGGGAUUUGACUGCAUUGACGACUCACAACUGCUAGGGCACGUUCGCCAUUUUCAUCUGGCAGACUGGUUCCCAGACUUUUAGAGACAGCAGGCACGCUUCACCAUUGCUGCUAGCUAAAGCCAUAGCACCGUUGGGCAUCAUGCACAUCCCACAACACUGACCCGGGCUGGCCUCCAUGUCCUGCUGUUCGUUACAUUGGUGCUAGAUAUGGGAUGGUGACCAAGGCACCAUUGGAACACAACAUGCGUGUGUUUCCUAAGCUUAUGCCUCGGUGGCAGAUCGCCCUGCUCUGUUCCUCUGUAUAUUGCACUCUUAAAACCAAGACUGAUUCAGAUGUCUAGCCUCCACACUGUUGGUAGGCCUGGCUGUCCCCAGAUGGUAUACAUGGGUGCUGGAGCAAUAUGACGAGGGAAACCUCCCUCUAGACGCACCAACAUCUCCUGCCCUAUGGCCCUGUUUUGGGCCCUGCCAUUCUCACUUGGGUUCCAGUACAGCAGCCACAGGCAGGCGGACUUCGCCUACGACCAGUGACCAAGCAGAGAGUCCCACCCUGGAACAUCUAGGGUGCUUGAGAGUAAUUUUCACAGCCGCUGGAAAGCGUGGAAAUUAGUUUCUCUCAUUUAAUACCGCUUUACUUGGCCAUUUGUAUCCACAAAGCGGGUGAGUGAGCUGCACGCACUGUCAGUUUCACCACUAGUGCUUGUUCCUUGCCCUGGGGUUAUCCAGGGUUAUUUCAACAUAAAUCAUUUUUUUUGUGCUUAAAGAUUAGUAGGGGUUUAUCAGCUCUCUUUAGAGCCGUUGGCUUUUCACCCACCACAUAUUUCUCCAUGGAGGAAUAUUGUUUCCACUGCUUGUGCUCCACAUAUUUUGUGCUUCUACGUGGACAGGAUGAGAGCCCUGAAAGGACUUCCCUAAUGUAGGGAGACUCAUUUCUCGACCAGGCAUUUAUCCAAGUGGAGGCUAUUAUAAGGCAUAUAACAGCAAGGGGUGACUACCUCUGGAGGGCAUCAGAGUUCAUUCCACCAGAGGUGUGGCUGCGUCACGGGCAUGAUUUAAGAAGGUAUCUCUGUUCAGAGAUAUUUCUGGGAUAUUAUUCCUCCAUAAAUUUUACCGAUCUCACCGGCACGUGAGCUUCGAGUCAGCACAUCUGAGAGUUGAUUCUGACUACCUGGAGAGUGUACGAGCCCUACAGGAGUUGGCUAAAUCCCAUACUGAGUGAUCAAACGAUUAUUUGAAAUAGAAUGUGACGUUACUUAACCCUGGUUUUAUGAUAAUGACUGAGGUCACUUAGCUCGUUGCUCUUCACACAAUCUGCGUAUGGAAGAACGUACACUUGUACAAGUAACGCAGGAGGGGGCGUCAGCGCCUUAUAAAGGAGCAGAGUCUAUUGGCUGUCACUCCUGUCUGUCUACGACAGAUGUUGUGUGAAAGGAGUUCCUUAUUGACUACGACCAAUGGAGACAUACCCAUUCAUACGGAGUGACCUCCCUCAUUUUAUCCUAGAACCGUGAUUAUGCUAAGUAACCUUACAUUUCGCUCCCUGGUAAUUGAUGUUUUGUUUAAAUUAGUUGUCUUUUUAAAAAUUGGAUUUUGCUUAUGGUAUCUAUGCAGAACAAAUUAAUUGAUUGAAGACCGUUAUUAGCAAUCUAAUAGGCUUAAGCAAGUACCUAAACUAAGUACCUACCGUGCUUAUUUGUACGGUACCAUUUUUAUAGCUUUUUUAGCAAAGAAAAUAAGCAUUUUGACAUGUUUCAUUCGCUACUUUUUAUUGAACAUUUUAGUUUGGGUCUUCCACUUCACAGAUGAGAAUGCAAAUUAUAUAUUCUGCACGUUGGCUUUGGCAGAAACGGUAAAAAAGCAUGACAAAAGAGAAACUUGAGGAUUACGCUGCAUAUAUAAGAACAUUAACCCCUAUAUGUGACUCCCACGGAUGUGUCUGAGGUUGAUUAUUUUUACUGCUGAAAGUUGAUGAUUUCAUGAUUCAACUGCCUCUAUUAGAACAGCAUUUCUGCCACCAGGAUGUAUUUCAUCACAUUGCCAUAGAGUACUAUCAUAAUCUCAACAUCUUCAUAUGAACCUCAGCAUCGACCACAUUGUUUUUGAUGACACCCUUACAUCAUACUCUAGGUGUUUCACUUCAAAAUCCAAGGGACGUGGCAUGCGAUUUGGAGUUUGGUUCAGUACUGUUAAUGUCUCUCUCAUAUUGAAUAUUUGUGUGUGUGUGUACUUGUCAAUCGUUUCCCACUCAUUGUCAUUGGAAAAGUCCAUCAGUUUUCCCACCAGCUUUUCUGAAUGUAUAGUGUCAGAAUUUCAGUGAUGUUGUAGAUGUCGGCUAUACAGUUUACCUGUUAGUAGUCAAUGUCAAGUGAGCUUUUCUUGUGAGUAAUUCCCUUGGAUGUAGCCACGACAUUAUCCAGAUUUUUCUUUUUUUUUUGCACUAUACUUACAACUUUAGAACAUUGAACCCUGGUGUUUGUUUCACCCCCCUCUGAGCGACUGUUAUGUGCACUGGACUUGUUUUCCCCUGUAUUCGGUCAAACUUGCCUUUUGUUUAAAAAAAAAAGUAUUUUUGAAAAGCAUAUGUGUAUUGUCUAUAUAAAAGAGGUGAUUUUUAUAAACUUUGUAUUUUUGGAUAGAUUUCUCACUGCACAACAGAUACAGCUGGACAUGUUUUCAAGCUACAUAGCUUUGAGUAUAAUUCAUGCAGGGAGAAGUAAGCAUGAAAUAGGGAAGCCAUUGGAUGUACCACCAUUGAUGCAUCAAGGGGUGCUGUGGUAAAUCACACUUUAAUAUUACAAUUUGUCAUGGACAGGAGUAAGAACAGUCAUCUUGUUGUGCAAAGAGUAUAUAAACAACCCCCAUUAUUAUCAUAGAAUAUACACUAUUUAACUGUGUAAUUUGCUAGCCACAGAACCAGGUGUGUAAAUUCACCUGAAAGAAAUACCACUAGUGGUGCGAUUAUGUCAAAAUUGGGUCACCUGUGGAGAAAUGAGGGAAUCCUUUCAAAGCCUGGUUUUGGUUUUAUUUUAUUUUUGCAGGACGUAACAUAUCAUUGUGCACAAUUUUUGGUGACCCGUUUUGGCUUGUGAGCACUACUUUCUAAACUACUGGCUGAAAUUAUACUAAACUUUUAUAACGCAUCUUUAAUGUGCAGCUCAUACAGUAGCAGAAAGCAUAAUGCAUUGUGAGUGCACACAAAUUAUGGUGCCUUUGUGCUAUGUUGGAGUUUGUUAUUUGAAAGGUUUAACUAAAUGCUUGUCUCAUAUGUUAGUGAAUCCUCCUGUUCCAUCAUAUUUCACUAUGUUUACAGUUAAGACAUGCAGCAUCACCAUUUACCAUAGAUAGAUACAAGGGAGUUCCUUAAAGGAUCUGUUGGUUCAGUGUCAGCUGGUCAAGCAUGCAAAACAUUAUCGGUUAUAGAUCUGAAAAUGAGAACUGUUUUGAAUUCAAUGUCGUCUUCUGAUGUUUAGCUCUUGGUUUUUACUUUUGUUUUGUUCCGUUUUGUGACACUUUACUUUUACAUACUCACCAUUAUUUGAUUUCUUCCGCUCGCUCUAGUACUUAAACAACUUAAGCUAUUAAGACGAAACCAAUUUCCAAAUGUAAAGACUGCCCCAACUUAUAUUGCUUUUGAAAAUAUUUGUGAUAUUAUUUAUACCUGAAUUAAAUACAUUUGCUCACAUUUGCAUAUAAUAAAUUGCCAACAGUAACUCUUAAACCAUUAAAGCUAGAGGUACUAAAUCAACUUUCACAUGUUCACGUGAUUUAUGGUUUAAGAGUUAAUGUUGGUGAUUUAUUUUAUGCAAAUGUGUAUAAAUUCCAAUUCUUUAGAACUUAGUUCAACUAUAACUAUAUACAAUUGCAUCAAAUAAAAUGGCAUGCACACCACAUUUUCUUCAGGAAAUUUACUUUUCUAGUUUAGCUUGGUUUUAUUGUUUUUUUUUUAAUGCAAAAUAUUAAUUGUAGACUAAGGAAGAAAAGUGGAAUAGACCUUUGUUUAAAUGUGGUUUAAUGUUAUGUUUUCCUUGUUUGGUAAAUUGUCUUUGUUUUUGAUUCGAACAGUGGCAAGGCCUCACACACAAACUGGAUUGUCAAUCCAAAAGCAACAGAUUUUUGUUAUCAGCCUUUUAUGCACAUGUAGAUGCAAUUUGUUGGUACGUGCUUAUAUAUUUGAUCUUAUAUGUGCUUAUGAGCUAGAGAUGAUGCCCACUGAAGUGUAUUAUUUUUGUUGAGUGCGUAGACUGGCUGUUUAUAUUGCUUUUUGGUAUAAAUGUUUUUGUGAUAUGUCAAAAGUGAAAAUUGUUGUUAUAUGCACUGAGUCAUGUGCUGCACUAUGUCAUUGUGGCUCUGUUCUUCUGUUCUGUCUUUCUGACUUAGAAGUAUCAGUUAAUCUAAAGUUUUUCAGACUGAUCCAAACUCUAAAUUGCUCCCUGUGUUUUUACAAUCAGUUGUCUUUUCUUUAAAACAAUGUUUUCUGUGUUUAUGUAGUAAAUCUGACUGAUUUGAUAAAUCUAUUAUUACUGCCACCAUUUUUGCACUAAUAUUCAGCUAUUAUAAUGGUUUACACUCAAACGUUUACAGAAGCAACCGUUUACAAAGAAUGGAGCAAGUUUUGAUGUUUUUUGUGUGUGUAGGUUCAUGUAAUUGAUAUAAAUAAGGAGGAAUUUGGGGGAAUAUAAACUGGGCCUUUGCCACCCACACAAGAUACUGUAAACCCAUUAGCUUCCCUUUUGACACCAGACAGGUAUUACAUAGCCAAACAUGGCCAUCUCAAAGUUUUAACUGCCCGGCAAUUGACAGCUUCCCUUAAGUCAUGGCUGUGACAAUGGAGCUGUCCAAUUCUGAAACUGACAGAGAUCCAGGCUAAAUAGUUGCAAAGGAUAGGGAAAAUAACAUCUGUAUUUACCAGUUUUUAACAAGAUAUAUAAAGAUGUAUAUACUUCCAAUAAUAUAAAUAUUUAGAAAUGUGAUUUGUAUGUUCCCUUUUACAGAGAGUGAGUGUGUAAGUGAUGGCUAUGUGCUAAGUUGUUUUGAGUGAAUGGAAAAUCAGCCGUUGCUUUCUCUCACAGGCUAUGAACCAGCGUUUCCCAAACUCCGUCCCCGGCACCCCAAAGGGUGCCCUAGCACUACACAGCUGAUUAAAAUCAACUAAUCAUCCAGCUUUAAUUAUUUGAAUCAGCUGUGUAACAAAAGCUACGGCAACAAAAAAAACGAACCGCUGGUGUAAGCCGUUAAAUGUGCGAGUUGCUAUUUUACCUUAAUUCCCCGGUGAUGUCAGAUGAGUUAUCAUACUUGUUGUUUUUUUUUACAUGCAACGGGUGAACCAUUAAGGAAACCGAAUUUCAUAAAUCAUCCCUUUAACUCUUGUUUAAUGUUCAAGUAAUGCACUUGUUUAGAGCACUUUGUUUAUCUGUCAUUUACUAAAAUGUGUUUCUGUCUAAGGUUUAGAGUUAAAUACUCCACUUUCCCACUGUAUCUCCAAGUUUUAGUUGUUAGAUUUGAGAAUUACAUCCAUUUAUAACAGUGCACUUGUCUAUGAAUUGUUUACAUUUAGAAAAUGAGAAUAUUUACGAGGAAACCACAAUCUGCUUUAUCUUUACAGUUUGUUUCUUGCUGCAUAACCUACCGCAUAAAGAUUGACAUGUGACUGAC